AUGAAGACCAGACAUGCACCAGCACUACCACCACAUGCAAUUUUACCUAACAAGGAGCAGAGAGGUUCACCGACAUUUGUUCGAGUCCUUGCCGCUGUAGUAAUUUUUGGUCUUUUCUUCUUCUCGAAACACAUCAAUACCAUGCCAUCAACGGACACGAAUUCGUCACGUUAUACGGAAACGAUAUUCAUUCCCUACAUCAACAAGUUCAGCGCGAAAAAUGUGCCAAAGGUCAAAACUACAAUUGAGGGUGUCGACAUCGAUAUGCCUGUCGACACUGGAUCAACAGGGCUUUUGAUCGGGGCGCCCAGACUUCCAAAUGUCGAUCCAUCAGAAGGUGUCCCAGCGCAUCACUUCUUCACGAGUAGUAAGAUCUUCUACGUUGGCCGACUCGUUGAUCUUUCCGUCCGGUUCUACAGUGGGGACAACUCAUAUGCGAUAGCAAAGGUCCCGGUCUUCAUUGUAGACAAAAGCUGGACGUGUCCGUGGUACAACACGAGGACAGAUGGAUUCGACUGUCCAAUCGGUCCGAAUGGGGAGACAGCAACACGGCGGGAUACCUCGCAGAUCACUUAUAUGGGGGUUGGGUUUGGCAGAAACGAGCCUAGAGACGGGAUGCCAUUUGCUACACCAAGCGUGAACCCAUUCCUUAACUUGGAAUCCAUCAACGGCCGAACAUUGUCUCCCGAGAAGCUGCGAGCCGGCUACGUCAUCUCCACAGAAGGCAUUCAUAUCGGACUGACGCAGCACAAUACGCGGAAUUUCGCCUUUAUCAACUUGGAACCUGGAUUGACAUACGAUGAGGAUCUGAGAGAUUGGUCAAUGGUGAAGAUGUGCUUCCAGAUCAAUGACGGAGAACGGCAUUGCGGUCCUGUGCUGAUCGAUACAGGCAUCCCGCAGAUGUAUAUUAGGGCCGAGGAAGGUGCUCGAAUCCCAAGCAUUACUAUCCGUAACCCAAAUCGGAAGAGCAUGACCAAGAUGGUUAGACGCGUCAAGCCGGGCACCACGAUCUCCAUCGACAGUUUGCCGUCAGAGAGGAGUAUUAUCGACUUUUCUUUCACGGUCGGCGAAGGGUCCUCCAUCGAGCCCAGUUACGUUUUCCCUGUGAGGCCAGCAUCCCCACCGUUCAUCAACACAGGACGUAACUUUUUCUUCGGCUACUCCAUAGUCUUUGACGCGAUUGGAGGGCGGUUCGGUUUCCGUCCCUUCAUGUACCACGUCGAGUGGCCCCAGCGCAGCACGGUGAGCCUUUUGCGCUGUGCCCAGGUUUCGUGGUCGGGCAUCAUGCCAGGUAGCGAUGGGGAGUGA